AUGGCGCAAUCAGUCAAAGGCAAGACAGCCAUCGUCACUGGCGCUGGCAGCGGCAUCAACCUCUCGUUUGCGACAAUGCUCUUGGCAAAGGGAUGUAACGUCGUCAUUGCCGACCUUGCUCUAAGACCGGAGGCCCGGGAGGUAGUCGAUGCCCACUCGCUGCCUUCUGAGAGCCGCGGCCGAGCCGUCUUCCAGAAAACCGACGUGAGAGACUGGUCACAGCUGGAGCGCAUGUUCCAGACGGCGGAACGGGAGUUUGGUUCUGUCGAUAUCGUGUGUCCCGGCGCGGGCGUCUAUGAGCCACCAUUUAGCAACUUCUGGAAUCCUCCAGGAACUCCCCAGAGCCGCGACGCCCUCGACGGAAACCGUUAUGCCCUCCUUGACAUCAAUGUUGUCCACCCUAUCCGCACCAGCCAACUCGCAAUCGCCAGAUUCCUCAACGAUGCCAACUCCCCAAGCCCGAAGUCGCUCAUCCUGAUCUCGAGCACCAGCGCCCAGGACACCAGCAUAGCAACGCCACUAUACGACGCCUCCAAGCACGCCAUCACGGGCUUCGUGCGAGCGCUGCGGGACAUCGAGGGAGCAGCGCGGAUCCGCGUGGCUGCCGUGGCGCCAGGGAUCAUCAAGACGCCAAUCUACACCGACAACCCGGAGAAGUUGGCCAUGAUCGACGACCUGAAUGACGUCUGGGUCGAGCCUGAGGAGGUUGCCGAGGUCAUGAUUGCCCUGAUUGAGCGGGAUGCCAUGAGCUCCACUAUCGGUGAAUACGCGCCUGACAGGCUAGACAUCCCCAUCGAGAGCGGGCUCAUUGUCGAGGUCACCAAGGGCCGGGCACGGCCUGUAACCGCCUACCAUGACCCUGGGCCGUCUGGGCCUGGUGCUAUAGCUUCUAACAUGGCUGCUGCGGAGGGUGCUGUGAAAGGGCUGUUGAAGAAGGGUUGGGGUAUGGUUUGA